AAAGUCAAACAGAAAUAACUUGCUAAUCUUGGACUUUUAAAAGUCCGUACAUGGUCUGAGCAGGAACAAAAAUUGCGACGAAAUCCCCAAACAUCGUCGUCGUAAAAAGACAAAAAUCAGUUGGCACAUUAGUUCAGACAGUCCUAUUAAGGCUGAAGACCAAACACGAUACCCGCCGCCACCCGCUACUGCGCAUCUGAUUCUGAUCUCACCCAUCUCUCUCUGAGCCUGAGAAAUGGCAACGGCUUCGGUGUUCUACUCCUCUCUUUCCUCUUUCUCUCAUAAAUCUAAACCGUUUUACCAAAGCCCAGCGGGCAAACAACGACCUUCGCCCACUUUUAUAUCCUGCACCUCCUCCACAUUCGAUUCCACCCCUUCGGCUCUGAAGACGCGGCGCGCCGCCGAUGAGAACAUCAAGGACGAGGCUCGGCGCCAGCGCGAGGACUCGAGCCGCCACGGCGAGUUCAGGGCCAAGUACGUGCCGUUCAACUCGGGGAUCGACUCGCCCGAGUCGUACUCGCUCGACGAGAUCGUGUACCGGAGCCAAUCCGGGGGGCUGCUGGACGUGCAGCACGACAUGGACGCGCUGAAGAGGUACGACGGCGCGUACUGGCGCGCGCUGUUCGACUCGCGGGUGGGGAAGACCACCUGGCCGUACGGAUCGGGCGUGUGGAGCAAGAAGGAGUGGGUGCUACCGGAGAUCGACCCGGACGAUAUCGUCUCGGCGUUCGAGGGAAACUCGAACCUCUUCUGGGCUGAGCGUUUCGGCAAACAGUUUCUGGGCAUGAACGAUUUGUGGGUUAAGCACUGUGGAAUCAGUCAUACCGGUAGCUUCAAGGACCUGGGCAUGACGGUCCUGGUCAGUCAAGUGAACCGCCUCCGGAAGCUCAAUCGACCGGUCUUCGGAGUGGGCUGUGCCUCUACCGGAGACACAUCCGCGGCGCUCUCAGCUUACUGCGCGGCCGCGGGGAUCCCCUCGAUCGUGUUUUUGCCGGCCAACAAGAUCUCCAUCGCGCAAUUGGUCCAGCCAAUUGCCAACGGAGCGUUUGUGCUGAGCAUCGACACGGACUUCGAUGGGUGCAUGAAGCUGAUUCGCGAGGUCACCUCCGAAUUGCCCAUCUACUUGGCGAACUCGCUGAAUAGUUUGCGCUUGGAGGGCCAGAAGACGGCGGCGAUAGAGAUUCUGCAACAGUUCGACUGGGAAGUGCCCGAUUGGGUCAUCGUGCCCGGUGGCAACCUGGGGAAUAUCUACGCUUUCUACAAGGGGUUCAAAAUGUGCCAAGAAUUGGGUCUCGUGGAUCGGAUUCCGAGGCUCGUGUGCGCUCAGGCCAAGAACGCCAACCCACUUUACUUGUACUACAAGUCAGGGUGGAAGGAGUUCAAGCCCGUGAAGGCGAACACCACCUUCGCGAGCGCUAUCCAGAUCGGAGACCCGGUUUCGAUCGACAGAGCCGUGUAUGCGCUCAAGAACUCAAAUGGGAUCGUUGAGGAGGCGACGGAGGAGGAGCUCAUGGACGCCAUGGCGCACGCGGACUCGACGGGGAUGUUCAUUUGUCCGCAUACUGGGGUGGCUUUGGCGGCUCUGAUUAAGCUCAGGCGUAGUGGGGUUAUAGCGCCGACUGAUCGGACGGUGGUGGUGAGCACUGCACACGGGCUGAAGUUUACCCAGGCCAAGAUCGAUUAUCACUCCAAGGCAAUUAAGAAUAUGGAGUGCCGGUUCGCCAAUCCCCCCGUGCAAGUGAAGGCGGACCUGGGGUCUGUCAUGGAUGUGCUGCAGAAGCAUUUGAAGAAUCCUCCCAACUAGGAUUUGACCACCUUUGUGGGUAAAAUGAUUGAGUUUAAGCUUUUGGACCUUUGGUUGUGCAGGUUUUUUGAAAACGUUUUUUUUGUACAAUGGUUUUCCCUCUGAAAAUUUCCAAAGUAGCUGAAAACGUUUCGUUGGUCUAGGAUAAUGGAUAUAGGUCCCACGAAUUUUACUGUUCAAAUGGGACUAAAUUGUUAAGAGAUUCUCCACCUUUUCCCCCAAAUCUAUGGCGGUGGCUGUUGGCCGUUGGUAU